AUGGGGGCUGGUUUCUGGGUUUUUUCUCUUUGCCACCUUCUUCUCUCUGUAACAACUGCAUCUCUACAUCAGCAAGCGUUCAUCAGAGCCCAAGAUGAGAAAGAAAAGCCAUCAACCGGUUGUGAUCUCUUUCAGGGAAGUUGGGUUUUUGAUAAUUCUUAUCCACUUUAUGAUUCAUCCCAGUGCCCUUUCAUUAAUGGUGGAUUGAAUUGCCAGAAGAAUGGCAGACCUGAUAAACUGUACCUGAAGUACAGAUGGAACCCUACUGGUUGUAACAUUUCUAGAUUUAAUGGUAAGGAUUUGCUGCAAAAAUUGAGAGGUAAAAAGAUGAUGUUUGUUGGAGAUUCAUUGAGCUCCAACCAGUGGGAAUCAAUGGGGUGCAUGCUUCAUGCUGCGGUCCCAAAUUCCAAUUACAGCUUUGAAUCACGAGGACUGCUCACCACUAUUUCCUUCAAGGAUUAUGGAGUCUCGGUUUCUUUCUUGAAAAAUGGGUUUCUUGUAACCCAAGAAAACAUAACACUGAAACUUGAUACCCUAAGCAUGACUGAACAGUGGAAAGAAGCCGACGUAUUGAUAUUCAACAGCUAUCACUGGUGGUUACACACCGGCAAACUUCAGACAUGGGACUACUAUCAAAUCGGUGAGAAAAAGACAUGGAUCGUGUUCUUCCAAGGAAUUUCCACCAUGCAUAAUCGUGGCUACGACUGGAAUGAACCACAAGUGCAGAAUUGCACCGGACAAACGAAACCCAUAGAAGGGUCGAAUUUCCCCGGUACUAGACCUGCCGGUGAUGGAGUCGUGAAGAGCGUAUUAAGUAGCAUGAAAAAGCCGGCAUAUUUACUCGACAUUGUUUUGCUCACUCAGUUAAGAAAAGAUGGGCACCCAUCAAAAUAUGCUGAUGUGCCAUUGGAUUGCAGUCACUGGUGUCUUGCUGGUGUUCCAGAUACUUGGAAUCAACUCCUGUACACAAUUCUCAUGGAGAAGUAA